AUGGACAGUACGCGACGCACUCGAGCGCACGAAGAGUUCAGCCACGGAAGCCACGCGCUAGACUUUAGCUCGGCCUUUCGUCGGACGAAGCGCGCUCGAUCGAACGAAUGCAUUGGCGAAGAGGAGAAGGAGAACAGCGCCUUCGUGCCCGAUCGCUCGGAUUCUCCCCCGGAGAAUAUUCACAGCUUAUAUCCCCCAUCAAGGAAUAUACCCAGCUUAUAUCCUUUAUCAGAGAAUACCACCAGCUCAGAUUUUGUACCGAAGGAUACUGGUAAUUCUACAACCGGAUCGAUGGCUGCGGUAUCGUGUGCAAGUCCGUGGCGGUUACCGGGUGAUCAGUCUUUCGACGAUAGUCAGCAGUAUUUGAACGACCAGCUUCAACAUGUCGUCGCCCUGUCGUCUGUGCUGUUAUCAGAAUCAGAGACCAGCAAAACGAAGUAUUCGGUCCAAGAGAGAGCAGAGCAAGAUGAUGUGGAUCGAGUGUGCACUUUGGACUUGGCCAAAGUAUGGGGACUACUGGCAGUCAAAUCAGAGACUCAGACGCAGCUGCAAAAAACUGCUGAGCGUAGGUUACGAGAUGUUCUGGAUCUCGUCAGCUUUCUACUACAUGUGCGAGAGCGAGAGCUGGUGCAUCAGAACCAACUGAGUGAGCGCUUAUCUCGAGCUGAGAAGCAGCUGGAGCGGAAGAGUCACAUCAUACAGACAUUGACGUUUGAUUUCGAGACUUUCAAGCAGAAUAGUGCUCAAAAAGAGAAUGUGUUGAAAGCCAAGGAGCAGGUGCUAUUGACGGAAAGGAAGACGCUGCAGAUGGAAAAGAAGUCGGCAGAAGUGAGCUGUGCAAGGUUGCAGGGUGUCGAGACAGCGUACAAAGCGCAAUUGCGAAAAAAAGACGUCGACUAUGCACGACUGAAGAAAAGUUUGCAGGAUGCAGUUGCGCGUGCUGCAAAGGAGAAGCGAGGUAUGGCUAUCGCCAAGCCGUUGAAUGGUGUGCAGGAGAGAAAGCGAGUAUCAAUGACCAAGCAAUCGAAGGAAAGCAAGCUGACACAGCAGAUCAUGGAAAAUCUUGAACGAAAAAAAGCGGAGCUACUGCUUGAUAAUGAAGCGCUUGCCAAAAGUUUCGACACGCUACAAAAUCAUCUGCGAACGCUGACUUCACAAUACAAAAAAGCAGUUCAGCUCUUUCUUGCUCAGAGAAGCCUUGGAGGAAACAAUGAGGAAUUUGAAAAGCUGGCUGGAGCUCCUAUUGACGACUUUACCCCGACGCCUUUUAAUAUGGCCACAAAGAGGGGUAUUCCCGAAUACAUCUCGUUGUCAAUGGAGGCGUUGGACAAAAAGUUGAAGCAAUUUGAAACUGCCAUUCGUAAUGAAUUACCAUUGGCAGAGGCUCGCAGCGACAAAGAGGUAAUUAGAUGCUUGCGUCAGAAGCUGGAUGAUGCACAUAGCAUAAUCAACGAGCAGGACCAGCUGGUGCAAGCGUCGCUAAUCACACCUGUAGUGGACAUGGGACUCGGUCGUGAAACGAGUCAGCAACGCAUGGGAGGAAAAGCAGGUGCAGCUUGCGUCACGGGUUUCAGAAGUUCACCUGAUGCAAAUGCUGAGGAAGACCUUGCACGUGAGAGGAGUGAUCUAGCAGUGCUCCGACAGAAUUUGCAAAUGGAGCGAAAGCUUUUGCAAGAACAGGCUAUCCGACUCGAUAAGGACCGCUUGGAGUUUGAGAUUAAUAGACGGGACCAAGUGCUUGGGUCGUAUAUGCGUGACAAACGAGCACUGCCAUUCGCUGUAGGCAAUACUAAUUGCUCGACGCCGAAGCGACAAUGUCGAGCGAAGCUAUCAGGCGAGGACGACGUGGAUCUACCGUUCGAUAUCCCAGUUUCUGCCACGCCUGGAACAGCAGCCCUUCUCAAGAAGAUCGGGAUCAAUGUGCCGACUGAAGAGUGA